UCGUCCUCAGGGAAAAUCAACCGGGUUGACUAAAUUCGACUCCUGACAUCGCGGAGAAGUACAGCAUGAUUAUUGACAGUCCUUAACCAGGGUCCACCCGCUUAAAUUUACGAUCAAGUGACUGUCAAACGUGCUUCGGAGCAAAGGCUGAUAGCCAUUGCCUUCGAAGGUCCAGAGAUCUUCGCGUCAUAAGAACAUCACGAAACAUCCUUGAACCUUGACAGUGCCCAGAGUACGAUCUUGACGUUUCAUAAAAAGCCUCUCUCUUACACGAAUUUGUACCCCGCACAACAAACAAAGCCCCGGUAUUUUCAAACCGAUGGGUGCGGCUUUCAAAUUCAUGUGGCGUCGAUGGCGCAAAUCCACAAAAUCUAGGUUGGCAUGCACUGCCCUAUGGAUCUCAAAGUCCUGUAUCGACCGCUGUCUUGCCGUUUCAUACUCGUAUGCUCGCGCAAUAGAAUGGCCUGAGCUCUCCGUCCAUGACGGCGCCAAGACUUAUAGCUUGACGGUAUAUAAACGACGUAAAGUUAUCGGUUCCAUCAAGCUCGCUUUACUGCACCAUGAAGUUCACAACCCUCGUCUCACUUAUCCCCGCUCUCGCUGGCACUUUGGUCGCUGCCGGGACGUUCAACUCUCCAACCUCGGGCCAGACGAUCUCUGCGAACGAACCAUUCAACUUGACCUGGUCAUCCGGUCGUUACUUCAAAGAGAAUUCGCUUUCCAUCACUGUCCUCCUGACCGAAGGAGAAUACAGCUCCAAGCUCUACGGGACAACGCUCGUAAAGGACCUUCAGCCCACGACUUCAGGCCUUUACAAGUACUACUCCGAACUCACGCCGUCCUUCUUCUACGGGUCACAGAGGUCUGGCAAUUUCCAAAUAGUGGUUCUCGAAACAUAUACUGCCUACUCCGGUAUUCCUGCAACAAGCGCGGAGACGUUGGAUGUUGUCAUUGCCUAGUGUCCUUAUUUAUUUUUCUUUUGGACAAUACACUUUCUUCGUUUACGUGUACAGAUUAUGGCGACGGCGUCUAUCGUCGCUUGAAUUUAUAUCAAUGCCGCGUCUUUCGCGCAUCGUCGGAUAUAGACAAUCUAUGGGAUAGAGAAGGUCAAAACAUCGCCAUCCUUGAGCGUACCAUCAGCUUCAAAUCAGUGCCAACGGGCAUAGCAUACGUAUAGCGAUAACAUUUCCUGUUCACAUAAGGACUUCUGGUUCCGAAGGGGAAAGAUAAAGAGCCGACGACUCGAAUUCAUUCCCUAGGUGGGACAUAUUUCCUUUACGGAGCUAGCUUCCAGAUAACUUAAAGGCAAAGAG